UUCAGCGUGGUCCCUAAUAAACGGCUCAAAGGAGAGAGAUACGCGCGUCUUCUAAUCCGCUCUAGAUGUGGAGGUUACGUGGGACGAGAGGGUGGGAAACGAGGCACCGUCCGUUCGCGCAACUGCGGUCGCACACAAGCGCGAUAAGGCAUCCCUUAUCCCUUGGCUAGAGGUCUCUGAGCGAGCGAUACGAAGGAAGGGCAGCUCGCGAGGAACGCGGGGUCGUGCCUCGAUGUCGACGUGAGGAUCCCGACAGGAAGUCGAUUCGCGACCGGAGAUUAGCCUCGUUCGCCUACCGCUCGUCACGAGGCAAGGAUUGCGAAGUAUCGAAGUGAACAGGUGGCGAAGGUGUUGAGCGCAGAGAAAGGAACGGCGAGUCGCGGCCGUUCCGAAUGACCGAAAGCCCGAAAGCGCGGUGAUAACGCGCGACGACCACACCGAGCAGAGAUUGCGCGCGCGCGCGUACGUGUAUGUGUGUGUGUGUGUAUGUACGUGUAUGAUCGAAAGAGAACAACGACGGCACAACUCGUGGAAGCAAGAGGAAGAAGAACGGAGUCAACGAGAGCGGUACCGAGCGCGAGCGGUACCACCUGGUGGACGCAGCGCGAAGGGGUUGCGCUGAGGAUAAACACAUUCGCGCGUCGUCCCAGCAGGGGGUAAGGACACGGAAGUGGGAACGUGGUCGUCAGCCCUCGGCGUGGUUCUCGUUAUCGGGUAUUCCGGAUACUUGGAACGUCGACGCGACGCGACGCCAGGCGCGGCGAGUGCGCAGGUACCGUUUCUCGUCUGGCUGUCCCUCGCUCGCGACGCGUGUGUGUAUGUGCGUGAGUGUGCGUGUAUGUGUGUACGUGUAUACGUGACAAGUGUGACCGUUCGCCAAAGUUUCGCGGCUCGACGGAACACGAAGGGCGCUGCGCGGGGAUGUGCGAAUCCGGAGCCGAGGUGGCCACGUAACGCCCGAGAUGGGUGUUUAACCUCGCGACGACCUGCCAAGCCAAGCGGCCGCUUUUACGAGGGCGUUCUCGCGUCCGCCACGACUCGCGGGCGACGCGGACGACGGGACGAGGCUGGGAGAUCGCCGAGCACGACGACGAGCACGACGAGGGGAUUCGGGGUGACGAUGAGCGCGACGUCAGCGACGACGCAUGUACACCCCGAGCGCGACAGGAGCACGCCGUGAUAGGAGCACUCUGAUAGGAGAGCGAGACACAGCACCGAGCCGAGCCGAGCCGACCCCCCCCCGGCAGCCGCGUCAGCUGGGGAAACGGUUCUCGUGGGUGUGUAACUGCCCGCUCGGGGACGAUCGACUGCGUGGGCGUCGCGGUGGCCGUAGAGGCGCGCCGAGAAGCGCCAUUGUCGUGUCGGCUGCCACGUGAAUCGUCGCGCGAGCGUCCGCAAGUGCGACAGCAGCGAUCCGACAAGGUAGACGCGCAGUGUAUGCGUCCGUCGUGUGGACAUCGCCAUAUCGCAGCCGCAUCCCCGCGAACGACGACUACGACUCGCCGCCAGCCGGUGAAACUCGUCGGUGAACACGCGAGACGGCGAGACAGGCGAGACAACAGCGGACCCGCCUGCGGGAUGGCGCAUCGCGUCGUCACGGUGUCCGAGAGAUAACGGACGCGGGCUGCGAUACGGCGACGGGGGGUAACCGCGGACACGACGAGCUUAGCUUAUUAUGUGCCACGGGGUGUCGAACGGGAGCGCGAAGAUCGAGUCGCCAGAGCGGAGUCCCAUUUAGUGGCAGCGGCAGCGGCAGCGGCGGCGGCAGCAACCCAGUGACCCGUUUUCGCUUUCAAUCGAUGCGGUUCCAAAGAGUUUCGAAGGAUCACGGCCUUCUGGACGCAGCCAUUAUCUGCUGACGGAAUCCAACGGGGAGAAUCUCAGGAGAGAGAUCGCUCGUUGAAGAGGACCCGCGUUGCCCCGCUGGAGCUGAACGGAGGAGGAGUCGCGCGGCUCGCGCCGCGUAUCGGCAGACCUUUCGAUCCCUCGAGACGAGUGCUCGAGUACGCUCUCGCUCGUUGCACGUAUACUUUGCAUAAUCGCGGUUUACGAAACGUCUCUCUUUCUUCUUUUCCUCUCGUUCUUUCUCUCUUCUCUCUCUCUCUCUCUCUCUUUCUCUCUGUCUCUCCCUUUCCUUUUACCACGGGCUUUCGCCCGUGACUGAUCAUCGCGCCGAGCGGAUUUGAUCAGCCGCGCGCUCAGAGCGAGCGUGUCGCGCGUGCUACGCUACGAGUGAGUCGCGUCGAGGAAUCGUCCGAUGGUGCAUUCGAGCAACGCAGCGCGUGAGGCCGGGCCGCAAGAGAGAAUGCGAGAGCCUCCUCACAGCCUGUGAACAUGAUUUGUCAUACACAUGCGACGCGCGGUAAUCGUACGACGAGAGACACCGACGACGACGACGACGAGGAGGAGGACGAAGAGGACGAGGAGGACGACACCCGCUGCUGCCGUGGCCAUGCCUCGAGCGCUCGCAUGAAAGCAGUCCGACUACUGCCAGACUGUCGUAGUACGCAACAGCCACAACAGCAGCGACCGCGAGGAGGUAAAUCCGUGCCGCGUGAGACGUCGCCGAGAGCGACGUUCGAACAUCCGAUCUCCGACCGUCGUCUCCUCCUAACGUUAUCCCGCGUAGAGAAGACCACGCCGACGAAGUCAUCGACCACGAAAAGCAGCUGGACGACGGCACUCCGUCGCGAUUGUCGCGCUGUUCGCAAGCUGCGAGUGCGAUUCGCGAGCUCGAGUGCUGAGGACACGACGAAGACGACGACGACGACGACGACGACGACGACGACGACGACGACGACGACGACGACGACGACGGUGCAACGACGAUCGCGACGUCGACGGCGACAUAAUCCCGGUGCGUCGGAGGCGCUCGCUUACCCGCGUUGCGUCGCGGUAGUGCGGUCACCGGGUGUCGGAUGACUUCCCCAGGACAACAACCGUGCCUCGUAGUCGUAGAACACGGGUAUACCCGGCAGUAUCAUCCUGCUGCGUCGAGCGUCGUAGAAGAGCGCGGAGGGAGCCCCAGCGUCUCGGCGAUAACGUCUACGUGUCGACGACGACGUCGUUGGUGGUGCGCCGGCCUGCCUCCUCGCGUCACGGCAAACUCCUGCUCGCGUACCCACGUCGUAACCGCCGUGCAGCCGCGUACCUCGUCGCCACCGUGAUGGCGGAGCUACCCGACAUAUCGCACCUCACCCCCGAGGAGAGGCGCAUCAUAGAAAGUGUUAUGAUACGGCAGAAGCAGGAGGAGGAACAGGAGAAUGAGAUCAUGAGACGAAAGCAGGAUGAGGUGCAGGUCCUCGAGCAGACGAUACGGAUGCGUUCGGAGAAACAGAAGAAGGCGGGGGUGGAGCUGAACGCUACGUGUCACAUAUGCCUGAAAACCAAGUUCGCCGACGGCGUCGGCCACAUCUGCAAUUACUGCGACAUCCGGUGCUGCGCACGUUGCGGCGGAAAGGUCACUCUACGGUCGAGCAAGGUAAUAUGGGUGUGCAUACUCUGCCGGAAGAAGCAGGAACUUCUUUCGAAGACCGGACAAUGGAUGACGAAGACUGGCCUCGCCGCCGCGGACAGCGCGAUGCUGCGACAAAUGCAAGAGGACAUGCAGGUGGGUGGUCCUCAGGGACUCGUGGACCAAACUCAGGAUAAAAGACCGAAACUCGAGAGGGCGCACAGCGCGGCUGAGAAAGAGAAUUUGCCGUUGUUACAGAGAAGCGGAAACUGUCUGCUCAAGAGACAGUACUCCCAGCAGGACCAGAUCGCGGGUAGCCGAAUGUCCGCCGACAACGAGGUGGAGAUAGCAGUUUCGCCUCACGUGAGAACUUUACCGACACCUCACAUGGUGGUCGGUUCUUAUCCGAUGCAACAAACCCUGCGACACCCCGCAGUCUUCCCUGACGACGAUCCCAAUUUAUACCAAGGCGAAAUCGACGGUUUGAUGAGGCAACUUCCGCAGAACUAUCAGAGGCAACGGCCGACCUAUCCGGAUCAGAACGUCGAUCUCGGGAUGACUUACGGCCAGACGACGGUGGAAUCCGUUCCCGUUCGGACCGCGAUGCAGCAGCAUUCGAUGCAUCAGACACAAGCCGGACAUCCCGUUCAACCUGUUGUGGGCGUCCAGCAACAAAGGAGCUUCAGCAGCAGCGAAGAGGAACGAAGCACGCCGGAGUGCGCGAGCGACGAGCCGGACGAGUCGGAGAAGGGGAAGGGGUACUACCACCACGCGGGAGGUCCGAAAUCGAUGUCCAGUGGUGGGCGUAGGCACAACGGACCCCACAAUGGGCACCACGGUGCUGGCGCGAUGACCGUCGAGCAUAACGGCCACCAUCCACCGCGAGAGCCGCGAAAAGAAGAGAACACCCUCGUCAGACGGAGCUUCCGCAGGUGCGGCGACGAGUGGCGCGCCGAUAGUAGGAGGUUCACGGAGAGGAGGGGGAAAAAGACAGUGCGUUUUGACGGUGGGACCAAUGUCGGCGGCCCUCAGGAGGAAUGGUCUUGGGAGGCCGAUCGACAGGGUAGUCAAGACAGCGCGACCAAAGAUUCCGGCAUAGACACCUCUAGCACCUUCACGAGCAGUGAAGACAGCAACAGGGGCGAUCUGCCCAAGCAUCCGUUAUCCUGGCAAGUGAGCAGAGACGGUCAGAAGAUCAUCGGCCACAUGGUCUUGCGAAAAUCGGCAAAUCCGCAAUCCGGCUUCGACAGCGGUAGUAGUAUACUCGGACUAAAAGUUGUCGGUGGCAAGCUACUGGAAGACGGUUCCAUGGGCGCUUUCAUCGAGAAGGUGAAAGAGGGUAGUACGGCGGACAUAGAAGGUCGACUUAGACCCGGUGACGAGGUGAUCAAGUGGAACAGAAGAUCCCUCCAAGGCAAGAGCUUCGAUGUCGUUGCCGAGAUCAUCCGCGAGUCGAGGCUGGAGCCGCAAAUCGAGCUCAUAGUUUCGCGAAACUUGUCCUCGACGACAACCGGCGCGAUGCCCGCAGGACCGGGCCCGUCGACGCCGAUGGCAUCGAGGAGGAUCGUCGCGCAGAGUCAAUGGAGGCAGAAACACGAGACCAUCUCCGGACCUCAGCAACCGCAUCACAAAGAGUUGUACGACGCGAGGCGUGAGAAACCGUCGGUUUUAGUGACGUCGCCCGGCUCGCCGGACCUGCACGCCCAAGGACGCGGUCGACCCUCCCGACAUCCGACCGGAAAUGCGAGCGUGGAGGGUAGUAUCCAGGUGAAGCUGGAUUUCGAUCCCGUAGCACUUCAAUUGUUCGUCACAAUAAUUUGCGCCGAGGGCCUCUCGCUGCGGAACAACGGCCAGCCUAGAAAUCCCUACGCCAAAGUGUUCCUGCUGCCCGACAGAAGCGAGAAGUCGAAGCGGCGCACGAAGACCGUGGCGAAUACAAACGAUCCCAAAUGGAAUCAGUAUUUCGUUUACAAUGGAAUCAGACAUACGGAACUGCGGAAAAGAACAUUAGAGAUUACGGUCUGGGACUACAUGAAGUACGAUGUGAACGAUUUUCUCGGCGAGGUUGUCCUGGAAUUAGCAGUAUAUCCUUUAAACGAGGAUCCAGAAUGGCAUGCCCUGACCGCUCACGGGGAGCACCGGCAUUACCAAGAUUCCGACGACAUGAUAGAUUGUCACCUGAGCCCACCGUCGACCACUUCGAGAUUAAGCGACUCCGACACCUCAGAAUGCGACAUCACGGAUUGCGACGUGCCGAGGGAACAAAGGAGAACGAACGAUGGUGCCAGCAUAAGCAGUAUCGGCAGUUCCUCCAGGUUUCAUAAUAUGCCGUCAAAUUAUAAGCGCCACUAUUCUAGCCCGCCGCCGGAGAGGGAGCUCUGCAUCGACGGUGAGCACCGGAGUCGGAGGGACAUGUCGCCUCAAGGACGUAAAAGGGCCGCCCUCAUGAUAUCUCGCGACCAAUCCGCGUCUAUAUCGAGUUACCAGACAUAUCGUAAGGACGACAUGCAGCGGGGAAUGAUGGGUCAUAGGUCUCACAGCGCGGCGCCUAUGGACUCGUCGAGCGUUCGAUACCGAGGAAGGUCUCAGAGCCCCACCGGUCAUCGUUCCCUGUCUCCGCCCGAGCAUAGAUCCAUCCCCUUCGCGCACACAUAUGUUUAUGCGGCGAGAUUGGGCUCAAGGUCGGCGACCGCCACCCCCACUGGGUCGCCGAAGAAACGCCACCUACCUCCAGUCCCGCCAGUCUUGCAGGAGAGGGUCACGCAAGAUCUGGAGGAGCGAGUGAGAUUCAUGAAGCAUCGCAACAGGCCGAUGCACACGACAUACAGAAGCACCGGUAUGGGAGGCUGGGAGAAGCAUCGCAGCGGCCUCUCGGACCCGGAUCUCCCGUCGAUCGGGCACGAUCCUCUAAUGCUGCCGCACAGCCACGCUCACAGGAUGCACAGACCGCGAAAAGGACUCUUGAGUCCCGACAAAGACGUACUCGGUGAUCCCGGGGAUUCUGACAUAGAGAGCAUAGCCUCGGUAACGAGCAGUGCCUUUAGUACACAAUCGGAGCGACCACGUGGAUCGAGAGCGCUAACGCCAGGGGCCGUCGGUCUGCUAUCGCGCAGGGCCAAGAGUUUCGAGUACGAGAGCAUAUCGAGCAACAUAUUCAGCGACGACAGUCUCAGGACGGCCCGGAGAAAGCUCAAGCGGAAUCUCUCUCUCAGCGACGCCGGAUACGGCGACAAGAUACCGGCGCUGGGCGAUCAGAGCAAGUCCUACUACGAUUCGAACGGCGACGACAAAGUGCCUAUUACGAGUCUCACGAGCAAAGAGACGAAUUACGAUUACCUGCUCGAGCGGGAUCACAAGCCGCCGGCCUUCUACAGCUACGACUCCGAGCUCAGCUGUGGCGAGACGGAUAUUUACGUGCCGAGCUUCGACAAGCAGAACAUCGAGACGGUCGCCGAGAGAAUCGCGGCCAAGCGAGCCUCCAACGAGUACGGCGACAAAGUCUCGUGUGGCUCGCGCUUGGCGGGCGACAGCGACAGACUGUUCGGCGCCGACGGCCGCACCAGCCUCAGGAACAUCUUGGACAAGGAGGACACCGGCAAGAGAAAAUACCUGAAGGCCAGCAGCUACCUGGUGCGCAAGUACGGGACCCACGCGUGGAGCCGCGACACCAGCACGGAGAAGCGCACCAAGAGCUUGGAGCUCCGCAACUUGAUCAACGACCACAUCUACUGUAGCAUCGAGGACACGCUGUCGUCCGGCGAGAGUUACGAGCGCGGGAUCCUCGCCACGAGAUCCGCCACGAGACUUCACGACGUCGCCAAUCUCGUCGACCAAAGGAUGCCUACGAAGGACGUGAACGGCUGCGUUCUCGCUGGUCGUCGCGCCUACCAAGGGGAAGACUGCAAGAACUACGAGGACUGGGACACGGACUACGACGAAGGGUUCGUGGAGCGCGACAAGAUGGACGACCUGGACUACGGACGAGGGGACAAGAGGAUCGAGGCUCUGAGAAGCGUCUCGUCAAUGUACGACGGCGACUAUCUUCGCGACGACCUGGAGCGCGCACGUUCUUCGGUCGUUCAGCCCGGCAAACGCAGCUACGCGCCGACGCAAUCGGACGACGUCGUUAAGACGACGACGAGCACGAGCGCCGGUCACGACUACGUGAGGUACCGGCCGGCCGACGACGACGACGACGACUACAACGACGACGACGACGACGACGACGACGAUUACGAUUACCGUAACGUAGUGAGGCAGAGCAGCUCCAGCAAAGUGGAAACGUCGUUGUACGAGGACGGCGGCUCGACUCCUACGCGAAGACGGAGGCGCAGGAGCAGGAGAGGCAGUAGAGAGAGGAGCGCAGGUGACUACGAGAGUCCAGCGGCGAGAGACAGGUCCGCGAGAGCGUGCGUCGAGAGCAAGAGACCGACGACGGCGAUGGCCCAGCAGCAACGAACCGAGUCGACGCCGGCGUUGCUGCACUCGGACGAGGAGCCGAGCGUGAGCGCGAGCGCGGAACGCAGCAGACGCGUGUACCGUCGCCGACGUAACAGUAGCUGUCCGGAGAGCAAAGAUCUGCGUAUUCGCGACGGCUCGACGACGACGCGACGGCCCGAUGACGAGAGGACCACGACGACGACGACGACGUCGCAUUGCGUGCUGGACUCCGACGAGGAGUUCGGCUCCAUGGAGACGGUAGUCGGCGCCGAUUACUUUCGACGGACGGGCUACGUGACGGAGACUAGGGCGAACGACGGCGCCGUUAGGCCGGGCUUCUUUCACGCGGGACAAGAUCGUGCUAGCUACUUAGACUCAAGAUACGAUUACGAGGGAUAUCCGGGGCCGCGCGAGCUAGUUAGGUCAGGGUCGCAGCGUUCUUGCUCUUGUUCGCGGGAGCCGCGACACGCGACGUCGCGCGCUAGACGUAAAAGUAGUUGCCCCGAGUGUCGCGAGCUAGCGCUGUCCUCUUCCGAGUUAGAUGGUAGGUCGGGAUCGCUGUCGCGGAAGGGUGACGACGGAAGGCGAACAUUGGUAGAGACGAAGCAUAGAUAUCGUAGGCGAAACAGCAGCUGUCCGGAGGCUAGGCAUCUCGAGAUGCUCGAGAAGAGGCAGCGCCACCAGCAGCAGCGCCACCAACAGCAGCAACAACAGCAGCCGCAGCACCAGCACCAGCAACAACAACAACAACAACAACAACAGCAACAACAGAGUAGUAAGAGGAACGUGGCGAUCAGCGACACCCUCGAGUACUACGAGUACUCGAUGGAGAGCGAGAGCCAGUGCAGCGAGAACUGCGGAUUUGGCCCGUGCGAUCCGCGUAGGCCCCGUAACCGAGCACCCCGCCCUGGUAACGCUAAUUCGAGUCUCUUUGAUUCCCAAACCGCUACCUCCGACACCGCUAAAAACUACCACCCACGGGCCGACGAUCAUCAUCACCAACACCCACAAAACACGAAAACGUCGCCGCUCGCCAACGUCGCCGACGUGGCGUCCACGUUCCUGCCGUCCAUGUCCGCCCGGCGACGAUCCCGAAAAAAAUCCACUUUCGACAUCGAUGCCGUGGCCGCCGCCGCCGCCGCCGCCACCGCCGCCGCGAAUCGCCGCUCCUCGUCCAUGCCGGAAAGCAGCGAGUACGGCGGUCAGUCGAGCUCGUACGAGAAGAUGUCCAGACAUCAGGUGAUCGACAACGGGCACGACGAGCACGGCAAGAGGAGUCCGUUCACCAGGAGUCUCAGUAACGCCGACGUGCCGCAGGAUGAGAAAGACGCGGGUAGUUUCAGCGAUACAGCGAUCGCGUUGAACGUCGAGGACACGUCGAGGAGAAGCCGCAAGAGCUCGCCGGGCAGCAAGAGCGGGAGCGGCAGCAGCUGCGGCAGCGCCAGCGCCGUGCAGUAUCAGGCCGGCCUCGGGAAGAAGAGCAACAGCACCAGCCAGUUGUCCGCGACAGAGUGCGGCAUUGACGGGAUGUUCGUCGUUGGCGGAAGCGCUGGCGCUGUGACACGCGGCACCGGCAUUGCGAGCCGGAAGCGCAACAGUACGCCGAGCAGCAUACAACGAUCCGAGGAGAUCAUGCCGACCUAUCAGCGCUUUGACCCCGGCAAAUCGGCAGGAUCGGCAGUCAACGAUAUCGCCCGGAGUCUCAACUCGAUUCCUACUGCCGAAGGAAACUCUUGGUCUUCGAAUCUGCGAAUGGCAGGUGAAACCGGGCAGUUGAAGGACUUCAUCGAAGAUCUCGGACCGGGCCAAGUGGUCGGGAGGCAAGCUCUCGGCGGCCGUACCCUAGGCGAGAUCCAAUUGUCAUUGAACCAGAAGAAGGGUUACCUAGAGAUCGAGGUCAUACGUGCCAAAGACUUGAAAGCGAAACAAGGAAGUAAACUGAUCCCAGCUUCUUACGUGAAGCUCUACGUGGUGAACGGUAAACGAUGCAUAGCGAAAGCGAAAACCGUGCUGGCCAGGAAAACGCUGGACCCCUUCUAUCAACAAUUGUUGGCUUUCAAAGAGAACUGUCGGGGUUGUAUAUUGCAGGUGACGGUGUGGGGUGACUACGGCCGGUUUGAAGGGAGAAAAGUGUUCAUGGGUAUUGCACAGAUCGUAUUGGAUGAGCUGAACCUCAAUGACCCGGUGAUCGGCUGGUACAAGCUGUUCAGCACCACAUCCCUGGUCAGUGGACCUCCACCCCUUGCUUUGUCCCGAUCUUCGGCCAUGUCUCUCGAUUCUUUUAAGAUCUAAGAAUGACUGUCCCGACGACAUCACCGAAUUACAUUCCUUUUAUACGUGAUGAGAGUGGGGGAUGAUACCUUUGAGUUUUACUCGCAGCAGCGGAGCGAAGUAGAGUAAACGCACGGCCGAGUUGCUCUCGGGUUCUUGAUCUCGCGGUUACUCACUCUCUACCUAGUCUCGCUUCUAUCAUUAAUAAAAUAAGAUAUCGAAAAUAUACACGUGUCUCGAUGUAUAAGGUAGCGUCACACUUACCGACCGAGCUCCAGAUUAGAGAUCGGAAGAUCGUGAGAAAUUGUGGGAUACACGAGAAAAGAGAGGGAAAAGACAGGUCGUUUUUAUUAUCUUAAGUGACACCACACGGCAUAUCGCUCGAUGAUAUUACACGUAUAGAGUAUGUCGAAUGUAACACAUAAAAUAUAUUAGAGGACAAAUUGUCGACGGAUUGAUCUCUAACCGCUGUACUCGCCGUAUCGAAAUUAAGGAAAGCAUCGUAAUCGAGAUUCCCCGUAACUGCACCGCAAUGUAAUCUUCUGCGCGCGUAUCUCCCCCGGUUCGGCCGCCGGCGUUUUCGAGCCUGAGGCUGCUUGUCGAGAUGUAAAAACGCGCUUAUACCGGUUCUGAAUCGCCCUGACAGAACGUCGCGGUCUCGCGAAUUUUGUGCUUCCGUCGGCGGGGGGAGGAAAUAAAUGACGAGUCGAUCGCGCGAUCGAAUUGUCGCGGAACUGGCGCGCGGUCGAAGCGCGAGGAACGCUCCCUUUCGCGCAAGGAGAAACCGAGCUGCGGCAAUGCGAGCGGAGCGAAAGAACGUACGAAAGGAUAUGUCU